GGGUUUUCUCCCAGCCCGUCGCCCCGCCCCCAUCUGCCGGGCGGGGCUGGGCCGAGAGUCCAGCAGCUGCUAGCUGGGGCUUCAGUGACUUCCUUGUUGUGAGCCCCGGCCCGGCAGUGUCCGGACUCGUAGCACCGCUGUCCUGACCAGGACCGCUAGCCCGAGUCUAGGUCGCAGCCGCAACCUCAGCCCAUCGGUCCCCCUUUCAGCACAGGUCUUUUCCCCGCACGCACCGCGCUCCCUAACAUGCCCAACCCCAGCAGCACCUCCUCUCCCUACCCCCUCCCUGAGGAAAUUAGGAACCUGUUGGCAGAUGUUGAAACAUUUGUGGCAGACACACUGAGAGGGGAAAAUUUAUCCAAGAAAGCAAAGGAAAAGAGAGAAUCCCUUAUUAAGAAGAUAAAAGAUGUAAAGCCUAUCUAUCUUCAGGACUUUCAAGACAAAGAUGAUGCAGAAGAUGGGGAAGAAUAUGAUGACCCUUUUGCUGGGCCUCCAGAUACUGUGUCAUUGGCUUCAGAAAGAUAUGAUAAAGAUGACGAAGCCCACUCUGAAGGAAACCAGUUUCCUCCAAUUGCAGCACAGGACCUUCCUUUUGUUUUAAAGGCUGGCUACCUUGAAAAACGCAGAAAAGAUCACAGCUUCCUGGGAUUUGAAUGGCAGAAACGCUGGUGUGCUCUUAGUAAAACAGUAUUCUAUUAUUAUGGAAGUGAUAAAGACAAGCAACAGAAAGGUGAAUUUGCAAUAGAUGGUUACAAUGUCAGAAUGAAUAACACUCUCAGGAAGGAUGGAAAGAAAGAUUGCUGUUUUGAAAUCUCUGCUCCUGAUAAACGCAUCUAUCAGUUCACAGCAGCUUCUCCCAAAGAUGCCGAAGAAUGGGUACAGCAGCUGAAAUUUGUAUUACAAGACAUGGGAUCUGAUGUUAUUCCUGAAGAUGAUGAUGAAAGAGGAGAAUUAUAUGAUGAUGUUGACCAUCCUCUACCAACCAGCAGCCUACCAGCAAGCAGCCAACCAACUGAUGAUGAAAUUUAUGAAGAACUUCCAGAAGAGGAAGAGGACAGUGUUCCUGCGAAAGUGGAGGAACAAAGGAAGAUGAGUCAGGACAGUGUUCAUCCCACCACAGGAGAUAAAAGCACCGAUUAUGCGAAUUUUUACCAGGGUUUGUGGGACUGCACAGGAGCUCUUUCUGAUGAGUUGUCAUUUAAACGUGGUGAUGUGAUUUACAUUCUUAGCAAGGAAUACAAUAGAUAUGGCUGGUGGGUAGGAGAAAUGAAGGGAGCCAUUGGCUUGGUGCCGAAAGCCUACAUAAUGGAGAUGUAUGAUAUUUGAGAGUCCUGGGAAAAAUCAACAUUUCACCUGAAGAAAAAAAAAUUCAGAUGCAGCUUUCCCUUUCUGCCUACAUAAAAAGAAGAUUCUCCUGCUGGUCUGUAAAUGCUUUGGAUUUAGAAUCAUCUUGAGAGCAUGAGUGGCAGCUCAUAACCUUUUUGUGUUUUGUUGAACAUUUGUCUUUGUUAUUUUAUGCAUUCAUUAUAAUAUUCCUCUGAUAUAAAAUUAAAGAAUAUUAAUGUAAAUUAGAGGCAAGCAGUAAAGUUGUACCUGUUGCUGUUUUGCGAAGAAGUAAAUAUAGUUUUUAUUUACUCAUUUGAUUUGUGUGAAGAAUUCAGCCCGAUUUUAUAUGUACCUCACAGUCACUGCUCCUUUCGGUAGGAGUUGUAAUUUCUCUUCAUAGUGCAUGUCAAUUACAUUUUAGAAUGUAAUAUAUAAUUUCAUGGAAAUUUUAAUUGAAUAUAUCAUGCAAGCUUUCGGUAGAUGCCAUCUAAAGAAUGUGGCUUUGUUAAAACUUUGUAGACGAUCGAUCGUAGUACUGAUUUUUCACACAACAGUGACAUGUUUUCAUGAAAGAAUUUUUACUGAUUUUUCCUUCAUGUUGAAGAAAGCCACAGGAAAGAAAGAAUGACAGAAUCGCAGAUGGUAGCAUGCUGGCCCCCGGGACACACGUGCAGCCCAGAACCAUGGUGUGUGCGAAACCCUUUAUCAGUAACAAACAGCCCGGUUCGGUGAUGGGCUGGCCAACAUUUUCCACCACAGUUUUGUUUAAAUUUAAUAAAAUAAAAAAUUCAUAAAAAAGCCCCUUCUGCAUCAUACAGCAGCAUAAAGAAUCUCAGUGUAUUCUCAAAGUAAGAAGAUCUAGUGGAGUGCUGUCUUAUCCUGCCUGAUCAUUGCUGGGCUAUUAAAGUCCCACCACAAAAUAAAAUACAAUACAAUAAAGUCCCACCACAAAACAGUAGCACUCCAGAGGUGAGUUUCCUCUGUGCUUCUCAGAGCAAUGAAAAGAAAAGGAAGGCCUCAGAGAGGAGAGCCUAGAAAUCAUGGUGGGACCAUACACCCAGAGGUGAGUGGAAAGGUAGUGUGAGUCUGACUUUGGAGGAAUAUGCUGUGCUGCCUGAGCGAACUUUGUGCAAUUAUGACAUUACCUUUUCAUGUAUAUUUGAAAUCAAAGGGACUGUAAAUGCUGACAGGGUAUCAGUGUGGCCUUGAUAUAUAUAUAUAUAAAUGUACUGCUGAUUGGAUCAUUAUAGAUUCACCUAAUAUUGAAUUAGUGGGUACUACCUUUGUUGAACUUUCCAGAUCUUUGCUUUAUAAAGAUUCUAGCUGUGAACAUACUGAUAAUAUUUAACCCCCCCUUAUUUAUAGAAAACUAUAAGCAAUAUUUCAGAACUUAUAUUUUACCAUUGUCUUCUUAAUACUGUGAUCAUCAGAGUUCAAACGUAAUGAAAUAGAUUUUUUUAGUUUUCGGGAUUGUGGGUAAACUCUAGUUUACAUAAAUUAGACAUUGUCAAGUUAAAGCUUUCAGAAAUUAAUUUGUAUACUCGUUAAUCUUUUCCUAAUGGAGGGCCAUUGGAGUCGAUUGAAAUCAUCUUGGCAAAAGUGAGACAACUGGAGAUAAAUUUAGUGGUCUUUUUUUUCAAAGCCUGAGAGAUUGAAAAGCAAAAAGCAGUUGUGGGUUUCCCCUGAACGUAUAGUCUUCGGUUAUGGAUACAGGUUUCUGGCUUCUGCUUUAAGUGAAGAUUCCAGGGCUGGGCCAGUAGGUGGCAGCAACUUUUCAUUGCAUACCCGACCGCUGGGCGACCCCUCCCCCACUCAGGCCCCAACUUGAGCAGAAUGUAAAGCAUGUAAAAGAUUUUUGCCUCCUUUUACAGUUAAUCCAGGAGAGGGAGUCCUUUGCCAACUGAUGACCAACAGUUCCAAGCCGGAUAGUCUCUGUGAAUGGUGACAGUACAGAUAUAAAGUGUUACUUCUGUCCAGAGCUCCUCCGGCCUUUGUUCUUGUUUAACUUGAAUAUAGGUGGGAGAUAGGAAAGGAAACAAAAGAUUUAAAAUGAGAGUGACGGGAAAAAUAAUCAUUACUUUCAACUCCUGACUACUUUCUAUUCAUUUGGCGAAAUCAUUUGUAUGCUACCAGGGAGAAAGUUUUCUUUAUACCCUUGACAAUAUAUCACACUCCCUUCAAGAUCAUAAUAAUAUCAUUAAUGUGCAUUUGAACAACACGGCUUGUUAGAAAAUAUGCUAAUUGCUAUGUUCUCAUUAUGUUUGCUUAGCUUUUAUUUGUUUUUCUAUGAACAGUUAGAGAGCUAAUUUUUUUCAAAGGUGAUUGUGAGUCAUAUUUUAUAUAGCAUUUUGCUUGAUUAUUUGCUCUGUACUGAAUUUGUACUCUAUUGCCAUUAGAUCUUACAAUAAUGUUCCACUCUGCAAAUUUUUAAGGUUCAAAUAAAGUUUAAUUGUUUGCAAACUGUUA